AUGCCUCCUCCCAUUGGUUUGAUCAUUAACUUGCUUAGAGACCCACAGGUGUCCAACAAGGCCAUAUUGAACUUUGUAGUUCAACAAUUGGAAGCUAUAGGCUACACCAAGAUUCUAUCUGCGAUUCUUGGUGCGGCCAUGGUGGGAGUUUCGCUGGGGAUCAAAAUUCCGCAGAUUAAGAAAAUAGUUUCUCCUUCUAAGUUGGAGCACAGAGUGUCUUUGGCGCUGGGCCUUUCUCGCGACUCUGUUCGGCUCGAAACUUUGGCGCAAUUCAUUCAUGUCACGUACAAUAAACAAGAGGGCAACGCUUUUGUCAACUAUGGUGAAUCGCUCAUGGUGGCACUCCAGAACAUUGCUCUUCUUUUGUUGUUAGAGUACUAUCGUUUGCGUAAAGAGGAGAGCACAUUGAAUGUCCUUGGAGAAAAGGCGAAGAGAAGAGAGGCUUUGAAAGCACUUGUACGCCCAGCCACCCAGAUACUUGCGUUGGUCUUUCUCAUUACUCGUGUUGCUCCCCGGAGAUUGAUUCUGACAUUACAGGUGCUGAUCAUUCCUCUUGGAAUUGCCGGAAAGUUUGCUCAAAUACGCAGAAAUGCAAGAUUGCAAUCGACGGCAAGUUUAUCCCAUGUAACAGUGGGAGCCAAUGUUAUUGGGUCACUUAUUCGCGUUUUCACUACGCUUUCAAGUUACAAAAAGGGUAGAGGAAGAGAUAAAGUGUUGCUUGCAGGCUACCUGGCCUCUUUUGUAAUGAAUGCAAUUUUGGCAGGCCAGAUGAUUCAAUACAAGGGAGAGGCGGAAGGAAAUCAGAAGACAGAGAAGGUUGAAUAG